AUGCCGUUCGCACAGUUGCUCUCCAACGCAAUCAACUACCCCGUCGAGUCCUUGAUCAUCUCGACCUGUGUGCUCUCGUGCGUGUUCAUCCUCGGCAACGAGUAUUUACGGUAUGCGGCUCGCAUCAAGGGCUUCAAGGGUCCUGCGGGGCUUCUCAUGAUUGGGAAUCUCGAGCAGAUCCAGGAGGAUGCUGCAGAGCAGUACCGGCAGUGGUCGGGCGAGUACGGACCUGUUUACCAGAUCCAACUGGGCAAUAUCCCCGUCCUCGUCGUCAACACCGCAGCUGCUGCAAAGGCGUUGUUCAGCCAAAAUUCCCAGGCCUUGAGCUCGAGGCCCGAGUUCUAUACUUUCCACAAGGUUGUGUCAAACACUGCUGGUACCACUAUUGGAACUUCGCCCUAUAGUGAAUCUCUUAAAAGGCGGCGAAAGGGUGCUGCGUCUGCUCUGAACAAACCAUCUGUUCAGUCCUAUGUAGGCCAUUUGGACGUCGAGACCAAGGAUUUUGUUGCUGAGCUGCUAAAAUAUGGACAUGCGGGCAACACCGCCAUCGACCCCAUGCCCAUGAUCCAGCGACUCAGUCUCAGCCUUGCGCUCACCCUCAACUGGGGUGUGCGUAUGGCAUCCCAGGAAGAGGCGUUGUUCAAGGAAAUCACCCAUGUCGAAGACGAGAUUAGCCGGUUUAGAAGCACCACAGGAAACCUACAGGAUUAUAUCCCUCUCUUGCGCUUGAAUCCUUUCAACUUUGGCUCUAAGAAGGCUGCUGAAAUGAGGGACCGCCGUGACAAGUACCUGAACCAUCUAAACGCGGGCCUCGAGGAGAGAAUGGCGAAGAACGAGCAUCAGCCCUGUAUCCAGGCCAACAUUAUGCUCGAUGAAGAGGCCAAGCUAAACAAGGAAGAGCUCACCUCCAUCAGCUUGACUAUGCUUUCGGGCGGUCUAGAUACGCUAACAACUUUGGUUGCUUGGAGUAUUGCCCUCUUCGCGGAGAGGCCUGAUAUCCAGGACAAGGCUGCGGAGGCCAUCAAAGAGUUUCACUCUGAAGACAAGCCAUUGUGUGACGCGUUGGAUGAUCAAAAGUGCGAGUACAUUGUUGCAUUGGGCAAGGAGUGCCUCAGAUAUUUUACGGUUCUUCGCCUUGCCCUCCCUCGUACAUCCAUCAAAGAUAUUACUUAUGAGGAUAAAGUUAUCCCGAAGGGCACUGUCUUUUUCCUCAAUGCUUGGGCGUGCAACAUGGACCCGUAUGUAUGGACGGAUCCAGAGGUGUUCCGCCCCGAACGCUGGAUUGAAAAGCCAGAUGCACAGCUCUUUACAUAUGGCCUCGGAUAUCGUAUGUGUGCUGGCUCGUUACUGGCAAACCGCGAGAUUUAUCUCAUCUUUAUCCGCAUGCUAAACAGCUUCAGGAUUGUGUCUGACCAGAAGAUCAAUACCCAUCCGAUCCACGGAAACUCAGACCCAACGAGCUUGGUGGCCAUCCCGAAGAAAUACAAAGUGAAAUUUGUGCCAAAGAACAAAACAGCAUUGGAUGACGCGAUUGCUAACUUUUCCUCGGUAUAA